GUGUCCUCACGCUGCUGGGGUCCCGCUUAGGUUGCCCCAGUUUGUGGCUCUAACCUGGGGGGGGCCAUGCCUGGGUGAUGCUGGGGCUCCUGGGGGGGCUGUGGGCUGACCCCUACCUGCUCCUCCCGGAGGGGGUCACCCCCAUCCAUCUGCCUGCAGGCAGAGAGUGGGUGGGCGGCGGGCGCAGCCUGGGGCUGCUGCUGCACCACGGCAGGGACCCUAAUGUCACGUAACCCGGUGGCACUUGCGUGACCCCUGGGGGAUGACCGUGAUCCUGAUCUGCUGACCGUGACCUUGACUGGCCGAGCUGGGGGUGCGCAGUGGACUCGGGGUGAAGCCCUGCUCCCGCUCCCCACUCCAGGUGUGCCGAGAAGCUGACGCCGCUGCACGUCACCGCGUCCCGGGGGUGCCGCAGGUGCCUCAAGCUCCUGCUGAAGAAAAGGGGGGACCCGGAGCUCCAAGACCAGGGCUGUGUCACCCCAUGGUGGCCCCAGCAGCGGUGGCAGCAGCGUCCCCUCCCCACAGGAUGGGAAACGAGCCGCGGACCUGGCGCUGGUGCAGGGCAACGGCAUACCCAGGGGGGCCCAGGUGGUCCCUCUCUUUCCUGACGGAGGAUGGCACCGAAGGCAGCCUCUUCUGUGGGCUCCCUGAGGGCAGCUCGGAGGCUGGGCCCCUGAGCAGCACCCGCAGGUCCCUGCUGGAGGAGCUGGAGCUGGGGGGCGGCUGUGAUUUGGGUGAGCCCCCAUUCUGGCCAGAGGGUCCCCCAGAGCCCCCAUCCCUCGCCAUCCCCUCCCUCGCCCCAUGGGCCCACGCGGACCCCGGGGGCCCAGCUCUCCCCCUGCAGCCCCUCGCCUCCAGCACGCUGCUCUCGGCUGGGGAUGAGCUCAGGGAGGGACACCAGAGCCGGGCCGUGGGGGCAAGGAUGGGGGUUCCCUGCUGGGCUCUGCUGCAGCCCAGUGCUGCAGACAGCCCUGGCCCCUCUCCCCAGUGGGGGCUUGGUCCUGGCGGGUCCCUGAGCUCCCCCCGGCCCCGGUGCUGCAGCAGGGUCCCAGGGGGACACGGGGCAUCCCCCAGGGCUCCCCAGCUCCGUGGUGGCCUGAGCAGCUGCUCUGUGGCAUGGCGGAGCCCCGGGGAUGGUGACAUCCCGGGUGCUGUGGCUCAACACCGUCCUGGUGUCCCCUGGGGACCGGCGGUGGGCUGGGCAGAGCUGGGCAUCCAAUCCUCGGCUGCCCUGGACCUGGGGACGAUGGUGCUCGAGGCGAGGGCUGGGAGCUCAGACCGCAGCAGCCUUGGGGACAGCAGCGGUGCCAGUGAGUGCUUCAUCACUGCUGUGGAGACCCUGGAGCCCAGCGAGACCAGGGGGUGCCUGGGGGCUCUGCACUGCCACUCUCCCCAGCCCAGGUCAGCUGGGGGGCUGGAGCCGGGCAAAGCCCACUCCCCAACUGGAGCUGCUGCCUGGGAGCUGCCCCUCGCUAGCUCCCCAAAUGCAGAAUGCAUGCAGGGUGAGGAUUUUCAGGGGGGCUCGAGGGCAGCCCCUUACUGUGAUGAUGACUCGGAGGUGGGCAGUGUGGGGGAGCUGCUUGCACGGCUCCAGGGGUGCAGCCUCCGGGACUCCCCACCCUGCAGCCUGGCCAGCCUUGCCGCUGGGGAUGCAGCUCCCCAGGGGCCGGAGCCCCCCUGGGACCGCCAUGUCACUCCCAGGACCAAGAGCCGCCUCCAGGCCUCCGUGGCACGGCUCAAUGCCUCCUCUUCCUCCUCCCUCUUCGAUAAGACGCUGGAGGUACCUCGGAGGCCCCCUAGGCUCAGAGCACCCCGGGGUGUCCCCAGGGACCCUGCCACCACUUUGGGUCACUGCGUCACCCCACAGGGUGACGAUGUGUCCAGCAGGGGUGGGGAGGGGACAGGCUCUUCGGAUGACACCGAGAUCAUCCCCAGAGCCCCCAGCCAGCCCAGCUCCCUCCUGGGGACCAGCAGGUCCCCUGGCUCCAGCCCCACGGUCCUGCUGGUCCCUGGGGAUCACGGGCACCCCCAGGACUCCCCAUCAGAUGCUCGGGGGUCCCCUGGCUCCAGCCCCACGGUUCUGCUGGUCCCUGGGGAUCACGGGCACCCCCAGGACUCCCCAUCAGAGGCUCGGGGCUCCCCUGGCUCCAGCCCCACGGUUCUGCUGGUCCCUGGGGAUCACGGGCACCCCCAGGACUCCCCAUCAGAGGCUCGGGGGUCCCCUGGCUCCAGCCCCAUGGUUCUGCUGGUCCCUGGGGAUCACGGGCACCCCCAGGACUCCCCAUCAGAGGCUCGGGGGUCCCCUGGCUCCAGCCCCACGGUUCUGCUGGUCCCUGGGGAUCAUGGGCACCCCCAGGACUCCCCAUCAGAGGCUCGGGGGUCCCCUGGCUCCAGCCCCAUGGUUCUGCUGGUCCCUGGGGAUCACGGGCACCCCCAGGACUCCCCAUCAGAGGCUCGGGGCUCGCACUGUGCAACCAGCAGCCCGAGCCCUAGAGCGCUGGAGGAUCGCUCUGGGUGGCAGGACCCCUCGUCUUUGCCCUUGGGGACACACCAGCCCCCGUGGCCCCACGGGAGCGUCAGCCACCUCCUGGCCCCGCAGCUGCCCGCCAGCAGUGCGGUGGAGCCGGGGAGCCCGGCCGUGCCACUCUUGCCCGCCGGCUGCAGCGCCCGCUGCUCCGAGGAGCAUCCUGAGGAUGAGGAGCAGGGACAGGCGCCCACCGAGCAGCACAGUCCCGGCACAGAGGCCACCUCCAGCCCCGAGGACGCCGUGGUCCAGGACGGGCGAGCGUGCACAGCACUGCCGCGGCCCCUCUCGGAUGAAGGUCUGCGCCGGCGGCUGCGGGCGCUGGGGGACGACCUGGGGCCCGUCACGGAGCUCACCAGGCGGCUGUACCUGCGGCGGCUGGAGGAGCUGGUGAGGGGACCCCAGGGGAGGCUGGCAGGGCACAGCCCCGAGCUGGCGGCCGUGCUGCGGACCGGCCGUGUCCCUGACUGCACCCAGGACGAGCUGGCACUGGCCCAGCAGUUCGACCGCCCCGACCAGAGCCGGCACUGGCGGGAAGGGCUGGUCAAGUCCAGCUUCAACUACCUCCUGCUUGACCCCAGGACCACCCAGAACCUGCCGCUCCGUUCCCACCACUUGAGCCCAGUCGAGUGCUUCAGGACCUUCGUCAAAGCCAUCUUCUAUGUGGGGAAGGGGACGCGUGCCCGGCCAUACUGCCACCUCGCCGAGGCGCUGAGCCAGCACCGCGCCGGGACGCAGAAGGGGUGCCCCAAGGUGCAGCGCAUCCUGGAGAUCUGGGCGAGCGGGCAGGGUGUCGUCUCCGUGCACUGCUUCCAGAGCACCGUCCCGGCGGAGGCUUACACGCGGGAGGGCUGCCUCGUGGAGGCUCUGGGGCUGCGGACCCUCACCAACCAGAGGAAGGGGAACUGCUACGGCGUGGUGGCGAGCUGGCCGGCGGAGCGGCGCCGGCGCCUGGGCGUUCACAUGCUGCACAGGGCCAUGCGCAUCUUCCUGGCCGAGGGCGAGCGGCAGCUCCGGCCGGCUGACAUCCAGGGCGGGCGCUGAGCACCCCGGGGGGCACCCCCUGCCUGCACCUCCCCUCUGCCCUGUCCGAGGAGGUGGCUGUGCUCUGGGUGCGGGUUUUACGUCGUGAACACUGGCGAGAAUUUUUCUAUUUUUGUAUUUCCCUGAAAGGUGAUAAAUAAAUCACUGCAGGUCUUGGG